AUGAAGUUCGGACGCCGGCGCGCUCCCCUUCUCCUCCUUCUCCUAGCAUCCGUCCUCUCCUGCGACGCCUCCCUGGCCACCCUCCCCCGGGGAUUGUCGCCUGCGAAGAAUCUCAAGGCCGCCGGCUCGCUGGGAGAAGUUGUCGCGGCAUCAGGGGGAGGAGCAGUCGGUGGAACUGGAAAGCCCCUGGGAACGGAACAUGCACCUGUUGAUGGUCGAGAUGGCAUGCCUCACGAGGGACCAUUCGUCGAGACGACAGGAGAGCGAUCAAGAAAGAAGACCCUGGCGUCUAGCCUGGAUGAUGAUCUCGAGGUAGACGAUUCUAAGAUCAAGAAGACUUACUCCGAACAAUAUUCCGAUGCAGACAUACCGGUGUCCAACGACGCGGUCAUGGAUGAUCGGCUCAGAUCCAAUCCCGCCGAAGGAACGAGAGGCGUGGAAGGCGGCAUCUCCGAAAAAUCCAAGGAGAGCAGACUCACAGACAAGAAACCUGAUGCUCCCAAAGACGCCAGGCCACUGCCGCAUAGUGAGGUGGAACACAUCAAAGAAGUCGACGGCUCUGAAGUGACAGGGGCAUUGGAGGAGGAUUCUAAGAAGGUUCUUGCGGCCCCGACCGACCUUCCAGAAAAGCCCUAUGACAUCCCACACCCUGAGAAUCCGUCGUCGCCGAAAGACACCACGCUCUCCUCUGAGACUGGCAGUAAGCUUUCCAAGUCGAAGGAACCCGACAGCGCUGUGAUCCGACCGAUGCACUCACUGGUCCUGUCGUUCAUGAUGAUCCUCGUUUCCGAGGUUGGCGACAAAACAUUUUUGGUGGCCGCUCUCAUGGCCAUGCGUCACCCUAGGGUUGUGGUGUUCACAGCCGCCUUCUCUGCUCUGAUCACCAUGACCGUUCUCUCCGCAGUUCUGGGCCAUGCCGUCCCGACAUUGAUCCCAAAGUGGCUCACAAAUUUCGCCGCUGCAGGUUUGUUUCUCGUCUUUGGAGUGAAGAUGCUCCUGGAAGCCCGAGCAAUGAGUCCGGACGAGGGUGUCAGUGAGGAAAUGAAGGAAGUCGAAAUGGAGCUGGAAGAAAAGGAACAUCAACAACGACGAAUGUCCCGACGUCGAUCAUCCAUUUCUCCGUACGCUCUAGAAGCAGGUCGCGCUCCAAUCGGACGCAAGCACACGAACGGCCGCCUUCCCUCUCCGCCGGAAAGUCCCGCCAGUUCUCGAGAAAGCUCUCCCAUUCGUGGAUCGAUGCUCAACAACGUUCUUGCCGGGGUCAACAACCUGUGCUCCUUACUCCUCAGUCCCGCUUGGGUGCAGACCUUCAUCAUGACCUUCCUGGGCGAGUGGGGUGACAGGUCACAGAUUGCGACCAUCGCCAUGGCAGCUGGACAGGACUACUGGUGGGUGACUGCUGGUGCGCUCGGAGGACACGCCAUUUGUACCGCCGCGGCCGUGUUGGGCGGCAAGGCGAUUGCUGGAAAAGUUAGUCUGAAAACAGUCACCAUGGGCGGCGCGAUUGCCUUCUUGGUGUUUGGUAUCCUUUACCUACUAGAGGCCGUGUAUUGA